CGAAUGUUUGAUUAGAACACCACGUAGCAGCAGAAGAACAAGUGUACCGUGUACCGUGUACGUGGAUGGAUCCCCAGUUCCCUGGCUGAAUCCUGAUCCUCCUCUUCCGCAUCCUCGUCGUUGACACUGUAAACACUAUUACACUAAUCAGUAAUCAUCUUCUUCUAAGUUCUAAGACCAUUUUUUUGAUUCUCUCUCUUACUGAGUUUCUGAGUUACUGAGUUUACUGAGUUAGUGAGUUACUUCAAACCAUGUUUCGCUCAACCACGAAACGUCUCCUCAUCAAUUCUUUACAAUCAAUCACAAACACUACCACCAACACCAUUCUUCCUUCUUCAAUUUUAGCAUCCACUCCAUUUUCUACUUUCACUUCUAACCCUAACCCUAAUUCUUCCAGUUUUAACACUACUCAAUCGGAAACCCCUAAUUCUUCCAAUUUUAACACCACUCAAUCGGAAAUCCCUAAUUCUUCUCAUACGACGUCGUCGUCCUCCGGAAAAGCUCGCUCUACACUCCCCAUUAAGGACUAUGAGGAGGAGCAAGCUCGUGUUCUUCACGCUUCUCUCCGUCACGUGGAUAGGCUGGGAUGGAGUGAGGCGGCACUCAUGGCGGGUGCGAGGGAGGUUGGUAUCUCUCCUUCUAUUGUUGGAUCAUUUUCUAGGAAGGAAGCUGCACUUGUUGAGUAUUUCAUGGAUGACUGUUUGGAAAGACUUAUUGAUUUAAUUGAGUCUGACACGGAGCUGGAGCUUUUGAUUCCCAGCCAGCGCAUCUCAAAACUUGUAAGGAUCCGGCUGGAAAUGCAGGCUCCAUAUAUAUCAAAAUGGGCCCAGGCUAUUAGUGUCCAGGCGCUGCCAACAAAUGUCCCUAGAAGUUUUAAGCAACGUGCUGCAUUGGUUGACGAGAUCUGGCAUGCUGCUGGUGAUGAUGCCUCUGAUCUUGAUUGGUAUGUGAAGCGUACUGUGCUUGGUGGAAUAUACUCCACGACUGAGGUUUACAUGCUGACUGAUAAUUCUCCAGAUUUCCGUGACACAUGGGCAUUCUUGGAUGCACGAGUUAGAGAUGCAUUUGACUUAAAGAAGACCUUGCAAGAGGCUCAGUAUUUGGCGGAGGCAGUAGGUGCAGGUUUCGGUGGCUCUUUGCAGGGGAUGGUGAAAGGAGUCUUUAAACGAUGAUCCUCCUCCCUUUUCAGUCAUUUUCCUGUGAGCCUUUGAACAUGCAGAUACAUACAGAGUUUCAAAUUUGAGAUGCUCUUUCAAAGUACUUUUAUAAUACAAGCAUAUAUAUGAAGUAGCUUGUGCUGUUCCUGCCUAGGAAAUAUGACCUUACAUUUCAAAACGGGCGAUGUAUGCCUUCUGGGAGCUCGGAAGACGUUCGUAAUUGCAACAAGGUCAACUCUUUCAAUUGUUCAUUGGUAAUUUGGCAUUGUUCAGCGUUGCUGGUGAUGGUGCUACUCCUGCAUGUUGGUGAUCUUAGAUAAUGGCUGCAUUUUCUCUUCCGUUGGUAGUAUAACUUGCACCUAAACCUUAACAUGAUAAUGAACACGUUCUAUCGCUUCAUUUAAAUUGUUGAAUUUGCUUAGAGUGUUCCCCUAAUUGGGAUUGGAAGUGAAAUUCUUUGUUUUAUGUAUUAUUGGAAGUCAAAAUUCUUCAUUUAUUGCGGUUGGUCCUUUUUUCCCCCUUCUGAUGUAAUAACACCACCAAAGCGAAGCUUACGAAAGAAGCAUAAACUUAUAUAUCUUCCUAGAUGAA